AUGUUAGGAAAACUAAACUAAUUGGACUAAAUACAACUAUAAUAACACUAAAUAACAGAAAAUAUACAUAAUGGAUUACAAAUGAGAGUAUUUGAUUAUAUUUUUAGACUUUUAAAUUAAGCCGAAAAGCGAAAAGAAAUCGAAUAUAUAAUAAGCUGUAGUUAUUUAGAAAUAUAUAACGAAUAAAUUUACGAUUUGCUUUCCUUAAAUUAUGAUACUUUAUAAUUAAGAGAAGAUAUUUAAAAAGGAAUUUAUGUUGAAAAUUUAACUUAGGAAGUUAUUUCUUCCUCUAGAGAUGCGGUCAGUAUGUUGGUUAAAGGGUAGUAAAAAAGACAUGUAGGAAUGACUAAUAUGAAUGAAUAUUCUAGUAGAUCUCAUUCAGUAUUUUGUUUAAGUGUCUAGUAAAAAAUUUAGUAGUAAAAUUAUGAAGUUGCUCAUGUUAAAGACUCAAAAAUCUAUUUUGUUGAUCUUGCUGGGUCUGAAAGAUAAAAACAAGCUGUUUCAGCUGGAGAAAGAUUAAAAGAAGCUUAAAAUAUUAAUAAAUCUUUAACAACUUUAGGAUUAGUAAUUAAUGCUUUAGCUGAAUAAUUUUCAAAUGGAAAACAAAGACAUAUUCCAUAUAGAGAUAGUUAAACUUACUUUUUUACUUAAAGAUUCUUUAGGUGGAAAUUCAAAAACUUUUAUGAUUGCUAUGUGUAGUGA